AUGGUCGGCUUCGACGUGCCGUGUUGCAGCGUAUGCUACGAGUAUCUAAACUCUAAACUCUGUGCACUGACCAGGUGUGGACACGUCUACCACCGCCAGUGCAUAACACAGUGGACGGCGAGGACUGAGAAACACAAGGUAGGAUGUCCAUUAUGCAGAUGUAGCAUACCAGCAAAAGGUAUCAUAGAACUGCAGCUCGAGUUCGGAGAAAUCAGUGCUUCCGAACGCAAAAACGAUGGUGAGGGGAACCCCGAGGUGGUGUCAGAACAAGUGCUGGAUCUCAGGCACAGGCUGGCUCAAGCUGUAUCGGAUAAACUAGACAUGCAGGAGCGUUGUGCAGAGAUUGAGAAUGAAAAUGCCGCUAUACAAGAGGCUCUACUUCACGCGCGUGAUUACAAUGCAGUUCUUGAUGAUGAAAACAAGGACUUAAAGCUCAUCGCAGAAGCCAACAAAACCAGCAUCGCAAAACUUAACGAAACAGUUACAAGGCAAAAACGCAGACUGGCAAAACUUGAAGAUGUUCAUAAUUAUCUCAAGGCUGAAAGUAACAAUGAGGAGGGGUUCAACUCAUAUCUCAAAACACUCUCUACUGACGAAAAGCUCACACUGCUAACGAACAGGGUAGCGGAGCUGGAGGGCAUCAAUAAAACGCUCACAGAGCUUAGAGAUGUUUGGAAGAGGAAGUGCGAAAAAAUUAGCCGCGAAUAUCUCAUACUUGAAAGGGAGUACAAAACCGCACUCACUAGACAGCCUAUCGCUCAACAAUUCGAACCAGACCCACUCAACGAUCCGUUGUCAAAUUCCACAGGACACAAGGAUGCGGAGCCAGAUAAUGAUGUAUUAAAGAAAACACGCAGGGCCAUCGACUUCGGAGUUAUGGGAAACGGGCGAAACACCAUUUGGGGAAACAAGAACCUGCCUCCCAAACCCGAACCGUUCGUAUUUGCGCCACCAACUGAUCUGCUUCACUCAACAAAACCUAAGAAGCAGAAGAUAUCGGAUUUCUUCAAGCCGCAGUGA